UUCAGCGGCAGCAGCCGAUCGAGGGGACCAGCAAGUACGUGUGUAUGUGUGUGUGUGUGUGUGUGUGUGUGUGUGUGUGUGUGUGUGUGUGUGUGUGUGUGUGUGUGUGUGUGUGUGUGUGUGUGUGUAUGUGUAUGUGACAGAGCGAGAGAGCAGAGAGGAGGAGGAGGGAGGGAAACAAGCAGGAAAAACGCGCUGAAAGCUUGACAUACUUUUGUGGGCAUGUGAAAAGAUGUAACUCAUCUUGGGAAGGAAUCUCCCGGGAUGGGAAACUGGAUUAUUGCUCCCCUUACCGAGACACCGUGGUGGACGUCCGAGUAGGCGAACCGGGGACACACACACAACGGAAUGACUGGAUUCUAACCUUUCGCAGAAUGGGAACUUACUCUGCUCGAUUUUCGUUAAGUGAAAAGCUCUCCUUGGCCGCAUGUGGGAUGUCGUGUCAGGGCUAGGGUCCCUCCCCUUUCUCCCAUGAGCCUCCUGUGUGCCCACGCACACACCUGGCGCCUCCCCCUCCGCUCUUCCGGCGCCCGCCCAUACGCACGCACUCGUGCACUAACACCCGUGGCAUCGACGCGGCCGUGAACCGGAGCCCUCCGAGCCCAGCAGUGCCCUGUGGAGUCGAGGCCAGCCCGCGUGGAGCCUGAGGAUGUCAACAGAGACCGAGCUGCAGCCAGCGCUCAGGCCGGGUACUGUCAGACGCGACUCCAAGCGGAAAGGACAGGAUCGCAGUGAGGCAGCGCUCAUCAGGCGCUUUAAGGGUGAUGGCGUCCGCUACAAGGCCAAGCUCAUCGGCCUGGACGAGGUCACUGCCGCCCGCGGAGACAAACUCUGUCAGGACUCAAUGAUGAAGCUCAAGGGUAUGGCCGCGGCCGGGCGCUCUAAAGGAGAACACAAGCUGAAGGUGUUCCUGACUGUCUCCUUUAGCGGCAUCAAGAUCUACGAUGAGAAAUCAGGGGUCCUCCAGCAUCACCAUGCGGUACAUGAGAUCUCCUACAUCGCCAAGGAUAUCACCGACCACCGAGCCUUCGGCUACGUCUGCGGGAAGGAAGGAAACCACCGCUUUGUGGCCAUCAAGACCGCCCAGUCGGCAGAGCCAGUGAUCCUGGAUCUGCGGGACCUGUUCCAGCUCAUCUACGAGAUCAAACAGCGUGAGGAGUUGGAGAAGAAGGCUCAGAAAGACAAGCAGUGUGAACAAGCUGUCUAUCAGACAAUUCUGGAGGAAGACCUUGAGGACCCUGUGUACCAGUACAUUGUGUUUGAGGCGGGACAUGAACCCAUCCGUGACCAAUCAGAGGAAAGCAUUUAUCAGGUUCCGACCAGUCAGCAGAAGGAGGGAGUCUAUGACGUCCCAAAGCGACACCCAAACGGGCAGCAACGACCUUCUCAUAACCAUGAACAUCAUCAUCAUCAUCGUCAUCAUCAUCAGCCACCAUCCUCAGAACCACCACCUGAACCUGCCCAGCCACAGGGGGCAGUGGCAGACCUGAUAGAUUUAACCUUUGGAAUGGUGACCCAGAAUAUUAACCAACUAGAGCUUUUUGGAGACAUGUCCACUCCCCCGGAUAUCACCUCUCCAUCCACCCCCGCCUCUCCCGCCAAUACCCUGCUAGACCCCUCCCUGGGCCUGCAGCCCCCCUCAGAACUCUUUGCCUCCUUCAGCCCCACCUCUUUGCCCUCAGGUUAUGUGACCAUGGGAGCCGUGCCUCCAGCCCACUGGUCCCAGCAGGCCUUCGCCGCCCAGGCCCCCCUGGCAUUCGGGGUGCAGUCUCCCCUGGGCCAGGUGCUGCCGGGGGGGCAGCCCCUUAUUUGGGGCCAGGCCAACCUGUUCCCCGCCACGCAGCAGCAGUGGGCGGCCAUGGCGGCCGGAGCCUUCCCUCCAACAGCCUACCUCCCUGGGCAGCCCGUGGGGCCCCUGCCUGCCGCCAUGUUCCAGACCCUGGCCCAGAUGGCGGCCAUCCCCUCCCCCACCGGUGACGGCCAAUCAGGUGUGGCCGCCGCCGCCACCGCAGGCGCAUCGGCCCUCUCGCCAUCGGCACUGUCGAGUCCCCUGCGCCAGGAAUGUGCCGCCCUGAAGAUGAGCAAGGAGAUGUUUAAGGACUUCCCCAUGGCGAGGGCUCCAGCCAUGCCGGGCCCAAAGACGGGGCAGCCCAAUCUAGCAGGAACCUCUGAUGCUUUCAGCAGCUACUUCAACCGCGUGGGCACCGCCCAGGACACAGACGACUGUGACGACUUUGACAUUUCUCAGAUGAAUCUGACACCUGUCACCUCUACAACGCCCUCCACUAACUCACCGCCAACAUCGGCCCCCAGGCAGAGCUCCCCCUCCAAGUCCUCACAUGUCAGCGACCCCCCAACCGACGCAACGGACCCCCCUACGGAUGACUCGUUUGGCGAGGUAGAGGGCAGCCCUAGUCGCAGUGGCGAGGAGGACCCUAAAUGGAAGGACCCGCUCUAUGCCCAGGUCAACAAAGGGAAAAAAUAAAAAAGCUACAAGAGACGUCAGAACCAGACCAGCAAUUGGCAAACCAACAGAAACCUUCAGUGUGUGCGUGUAUGUGCUUGUGCAAGUGUGUGUGUCUGUGUGUGUGUGGGUGGGUGUGGGAGUGUGUAAAGCCAGACUCUGCCCCUGCACGGUACCACUGCCAUUCCUCCUCUCCAAUGUCUAACAACCUCCCCAGAGAAAGCUCCUCUAGCCCACGUACCUUCAUCUCCUCCUCCGCCUCCUCCUUCUCCUCCUCCUCCUCAUCUCGGCUGCCCUCGCUCUCCCUGUAAAGGACAGAGAGAGUUAGCGAGAGCGAUAGAAAGACCUAUGGUUGAUUCCUCUUAUAUGAGAUCUGUCACCAAAUGCUCUUCCCUCCUGCUCCUCAAUCUGUACCAAUACCAAGGGCCAACACUUACAGACAGACCUGCUCCACCUACACCCAUCCAGCCCUCCCCUUCUCUCUUUGCUUCUCUCUCUUACUCGCUCCUCCUCCUACGCCUCUUCUUCCUCCUCCACCUCUGACAUUUCCCAUACCAGAGUUGUGGCCAGAUCGACGCCUCAUCCAUCCACCUAUGCGUGUGUGUGUGUGUGUGUGUGUGUGUGUGUGUGUGUGUGUGUAUGCGUGCAUGUGCGCGGCAAACACAGACUACACUACUCAACUCAUAAACACACACUGAGACUGGAAGGUAUAAGAGCGACCAUAUUUUAUGUACACGCAAAUGAAUUAAUGCGUGUAGCAGAGAUCCAGUGGAGGAGCUAGAUUCUAAUGGGCCUACCAGGACAAAUCUACUGCUUCUGCUUGGAAGAUCCCUCCACCUGAUUGGUCGGGCGUUUUUUUGUUUCGUUUUUUCCCCAUACAUGUGAGUGUCUGCUGGAUCAAUAUGCAGAAAAAGACAACUGGAGCGAGACACAUACAAAUACAUACACUUCCAUACAUAGACAUGCACUUACAGACAGGUACAGGGGACGUGUGUGGGUUCAGAGCCAAUAUGUUGGUGUUCAACACUCCUACACCCACGAAGACCCAGAAAGACAUACAUAUACGUGAAUCAGACACCCGGACAAACACACACAUUCAAAUAAUAAAAUCAGACACUACUACAUAUACACCUAUCAAAAUACCACUUGACACACACGCAAACAUUUGAUUGGCCAAACAUGUGUAAGUGGCCAGCUGGACACAGGCCAGAGGACUAGACGUGCUACAGAAUGGGAUCUUUGAAGACAUGGAUGUUGCAAAUCGAACUGAUUCUGUGAUUGAACUGUUCACUCUCUAUAGCUUUUGUACAAUACAAAUGAAAAAGAAAUGAACAAAUAAAUGAAGACAAAAAAAUUAUUUUUUAUUUUAUAAGUCAAAUCCGGCCACCGGGGGCAGCUCUAUAGGAGUUAUAAAAUGUACAUGGCUUUAAGGCAUCUGAUCCAUGGUUUGCCAAGCUCAUUUUGUAAAUAAUGAUAACAAUAAUCAUUUGGUCCAGCGGACUUCUGUGCUAUAAAAUAGGAAGGCUUCCGUUAUGCAAAUUCUUUAUAGAUUUUACCCAAGCAAUAUCAACGUUCGUCUUCUACUUAUGUUUCCGGGUCCUGUCUCAAAGCGCCCCCUCCCCCAACCCUCACCCCUGGCUUCAGUCCCCUGAGCCUCGUUUCACACAACACCAUUGUUUCUCGUCUUAACCCUUUGUUGCCCAACAUAAGGUCCCAUUACCCCCUACACUGCACCGGUGUAUCAAAGUUAGCAUGACUGCUCAUGUGACAGCAGCCGCUUCGCCAUGUGACUUGUAGAACCCCCUCCCCUGCUCUACGUCCCAUCACGUGUAGAACCCUCUCCCCCGCUCUGUCACACCUAGCUGCUCCAACCUCAUUACCUGAUUCAACCCCCCGCCCGGUCCGCCCACCUCGUAGCGUCCCAUUCCUGAGUCCAGCGACCCUGCUGUACAUGAGCGUCUCACCGGGGGGGGUGUUAGUCGUUCGUUGGUACAUCCCCACCGCUGGGCUAUCCGUCUCUCUGGUUCCAGAACAUCUGCAUCCAGGCCUCAACUCGAAGCCAGUGACUCCUUAUUUUAUAGCCUCCAGUCCGCUGCCUCAUUUGAUUUCUCUUUUAUUUAUUUUGAAUUUUUGGACUUAUUCCUUUUGGUGUUGAUUAUCUUGAUUAACAAACAAAAUGAUUGAGCGAAAAGUGAAAUGGAUUUAAAAAGGGAAAGCGUUGUUUUUGAGUCCGUAACAUUUCUAGACCCUGUUUUAACUUUUACCUCAGCUAACGGUUUCUUAAGCGUCAAAAUUGACACGUCAUUUUUUUAUCAUUAUGAAUAUGAUGCAUCCUACAGUGGAUUUUUAGAUGAUUUUGCUUUUUUUCUCUUUUGUUUUGAUCUUACGUAUUCCACAAUGUAUUACUGUUGCAAAUAAACA